AUGCCGCGCGUCCGCGAUUUUACUUGCGCAAGUGCGGAGGAGAAACCGGACACGGUAAGGCGGACUGCAAAUCCGAUGUUGUCCGUUGCUGCGCGACAUGCACGCGCGCGUAGGAAGGAGGCCACCGGCAACCGACCCCGCCGCAUGGGACGGCCCAAACGCUUUUUUGCGGAACAGCAGGCAAUCAAUAGGACCCAAUAUGCUGAACACGCCAAGUUGGACAAUGAACCUACAAUCAGAGCUGCGACCACCGAGCUGACCAGUAGUUGCAGGAGAGCUGGUUGGAUUCGUGGAUGGGAGCCAGGAGCAACAUGCCUACCAGGAUUUAUCAGCACGGUCCAACCCAAUGGGCCGCAUUCUAACGAUUCAACCAGGGUC